AUGCCUCAACUCGGGGAAAAGCCCAAGAAGGCAAUCAUCGUCGGCGCAGGCGCCGGCGGCGUAGCCCUCGCCGCCCGCCUCGCAAAGGCAGGCUUCUCCGUCACCGUCCUCGAGAAGAACUCCUUCACCGGCGGCCGCUGCUCCCUCAUGCACCACGAAGGCCACCGCUUCGACCAAGGUCCGUCCCUCUUCCUCCUCCCCCAGCUUUUCCACGAGACCUUCCGGGACCUGGACACCACCAUGGCCGACGCCGGCGUCGACCUGCUGCGCUGCGAGACGAACUACAACAUUUGGUUCCACGACGGCGAGCUCUUCAAGCACUCGUCCGACCUCGCCGCCAUGAAGACGCAGAUCGAGCGCUGGGAGGGCAAAGACGGCUUCGAGCGGUAUCUCAAGUGGCUCCGCGAGGCCCACACGCACUACGAGAUCUCUGUAAAGGACGUGCUGCACCGGAAUUUCGGCAAGUUUCUGGAUCUCGCGAGGCCCGGGUUCGUCAGGCACGUCGUGAACCUGCACCCGCUAGAGAGCAUCUGGAGCCGCGCGAGCAGGUAUUUCUGGACCGAGAGGCUGCGGAGGGUGUUUACCUUCGCCGUCAUGUACAUGGGCAUGUCGCCCUUCGACGCGCCCGCGACGUAUUCUCUGCUCCAGUACACCGAGUUCGCCGAGGGCAUCUGGUACCCCCGCGGCGGCUUCCACCAGGUCGUGGCGGCGCUGGUGCGCAUCGGCGAGCGGCUGGGCGUCGACUACCGCCUCAACACGCCCGUAUCCCGCGUCCUGACAGACGGCCAGAAGGCGACGGGCGUGGAGCUCGAGUCCGGCGAGUCCCUUACGGCAGACGUCGUCAUCAUCAACGCCGACCUCGUCUACGCCUACGGCAACCUCCUCCCCAAGACCCCGACCAUCACCGACUACACAAAGUCUCUCCGCAAAAGGGAGGCCAGCUGCAGCUCCAUAUCAUUUUACUGGUGCAUGGACCGCAAGAUCCCCGAGCUGUCCGUCCACAACAUCUUCCUCGCCGAGGAGUACCAGGAGUCCUUUGACGCCAUCUUCAAGCGCCACUCCCUCCCCACCCAGCCCAGCUUCUACGUCAACGUGCCUAGCAGGAUCGACCCCUCCGCGGCGCCCGAGGGAAAGGACACUGUCAUCGUCCUCGUGCCCGUCGGCCACCUCCAGGAGUCAAAGGGCGACGGGCCGGGGCUGACGUCCGACCCGAAGCACUGGGACGACAUCGUCGCUCGCGCCCGCGCCGCCGUCGUGGAGAUUGUGAGCGCAAGGACGGGCUGCGCGCCCCUGACUGAUUCCAUUACGCAUGAGAUUGUCAACACGCCCUUGACGUGGGAAGAGAAGUUCAACCUCGACAAGGGUGCUAUCUUGGGUUUGACGCAUGGCAUCUUUAACGUUCUUGCUUUCCGCCCGCGUACGCGCGCAGAGGGUUUGGAAAACGCAUACUUCGUCGGCGCAAGCACUCACCCUGGUACCGGCGUGCCUAUCGUCAUGGCUGGCGCCAAGAUCACGGCUGAGCAGAUUCUCGAUGAUCGGGGAUUGGAAGUACCCUGGGCCCGGGGCUUCGACGGUAUUUUGAAGCCCCAGAGCCUGUCACCAGGGAACAAGAAGCUGGAUAACGUACGGUACGGAUUCCACUUCGGAUCCGAGGAAGUUGCUGUCUUGUCUGUCGGACUGGUUUUGGCGUUGAUUUACUUUAUCUUCUGGCCUACCGUACAACCAUGGGUUUGCUAA